ACCGCUGAGUCCGCCAAUCGCUGCCUUUGGGAAGUGUGGCCGGGUAUCCUGAGGCCCUAGGGGUCGUGCCGGAGGCGGGUGGAGGCGGAAGUGGCGGCGCCGGGCUCCUGGAGUAGGAAGAAGCCGGGGCUGUAGCCGGAGUAGAGCGGCUGCUGGCCGAGGAGCAGGCGCGGCCGCGGCGCCAUAUUGCGGCCCUGAGCGGCCACGACCAAGUCAUGGCCGAGACCUACGACUUUCUCUUCAAGUUCCUGGUGAUUGGCAGUGCAGGAACUGGCAAAUCAUGUCUUCUUCAUCAGUUCAUUGAGAAUAAAUUUAAACAGGACUCCAACCACACGAUCGGAGUGGAAUUCGGAUCCCGGGUAGUUAACGUGGGUGGGAAGACUGUGAAACUGCAGAUUUGGGACACAGCUGGCCAGGAGCGGUUUCGGUCUGUGACACGGAGUUAUUACCGAGGGGCAGCUGGAGCCCUGCUGGUGUACGACAUCACCAGCCGGGAGACUUACAACUCGCUGGCUGCUUGGCUGACAGACGCCCGCACGCUGGCUAGCCCCAACAUCGUGGUCAUCCUCUGCGGCAACAAGAAGGACCUGGACCUGGAGCGUGAGGUUACUUUCCUGGAGGCCUCCCGCUUUGCCCAGGAGAACGAACUAAUGUUCCUGGAAACCAGUGCUCUCACAGGGGAGAACGUGGAGGAGGCUUUCCUGAAGUGUGCCCGCACCAUCCUGAACAAGAUCGACUCAGGUGAGCUCGACCCGGAGAGGAUGGGCUCAGGCAUUCAGUACGGUGAUGCUUCCCUUCGCCAGCUGCGGCAGCCUCGGAGUGCCCAGGCCGUGGCCCCACAGCCCUGUGGCUGCUGAGACCUGCGGAGCCAGCUCACCUGUUCUCCAGGACCAGCCCUGUCCUUCUGACUGGGGUCCAGACCUAGGCCCUGGGAGGCCAAGUCCCUCACCUGGCCCCAGAGAAGCUGUCCUGACACCUGUUCCCCCUCCCUGGCCUGGUUGGGCCUGGCUGAGGGGCAAGACUGAGCCACGGGGGAGGGGGGAAUCCAUACCUGCUGCUGCUUCCUCUGUUUUGGCUACCCUCUAUCCCCCUUGAACUCCUAACCAUUCUCAAAGAGUUCCCAAAGCCUGUGACCAGGGCCAUUGGCCCCAGCUCCCCCGGCCCUGCCAUUGCGAGUACGAAUUAUUUAUUACCUGAAGGCUUACUUCUCCACUCCCAUAAAGCAUUGUUUAUACCUGUG